AUGGAAGGACGUCUCAUCGAAUACCGUCCAAUUGGCGGUGGUCUUGACUAUCAUCACAAUUCACCAUUGAUUGGUGAAAUACCACCGGGUGGUGAGUACUCACAGGCCGUGCACCGAUCCAUAGAUCAGCUAAGAAAUACCCUAAACGAACGUGUUACCUUAGGACCAUUGAGCGUGUUUUCGAAUACCGCCGAUUUGAGAACCUCUGUUCUCAACUACACUCAACAGCCGGCACAUCAGCAGCAGCAACAACAACAGCAGCAGCAUCAACAGCAACAACAUCAGCAGCAGCAACAACAUCAGGCGCAUUAUCAAAUCCAGGGGGCAGUAUCGACCACCACCACACCGAAUGGUUCAGUGGCCGAGGCGGUGUUGUUGCAUCAAAAGUCCUUGUGUUUGGACACCAAAUUGGCCGACUCGACUACUGGAGUGGUCAGUUCGACGGUCAGUUCUGGCGGUGGUGGUCGUGGUCGUAAAUCGCGUAUCUAUCCGCCGAAUCCUAAUCAGCACAUUGUUGUUACCAGCAAUAGUGUGGACAAUGGUGGAACACGCCACCACAAUCGCCAGCAACAACAACAGCAGCAACAGACGAAUGACAGCAACAAUGGUAUUUCCUCGUCCACAUCGUCGCCGCAUCAUCCGAUGCAAUUGCAGGAUAUUAAGGAUACCAAGAUCUUCACAUCCAAAGCCGACCUGCAGCUGCACACCCAGAUGCACAUGCGCGAAUCGAAACCCUACAAAUGCACCCAAUGCUCCAAGGCAUUCGCCAAUUCGUCAUAUCUGUCGCAGCACACGCGAAUACAUUUGGGCAUCAAGCCGUAUCGCUGUGAGAUCUGCCAGCGCAAGUUCACCCAGCUGUCGCAUCUGCAGCAGCACAUUCGGACGCACACGGGUGACAAACCCUACAAGUGUCGACAUCCCGGCUGUCAGAAGGCAUUCUCCCAGCUCUCCAAUCUUCAAUCACACUCACGUUGCCACCAAACUGACAAACCAUUCAAAUGUAAUUCGUGCUACAAAUGCUUCUCCGACGAACCCUCACUCCUCGACCAUAUACCCAAGCACAAGGAGUCCAAGCAUCUGAAGACGCACAUCUGUCAGUACUGCGGGAAGUCGUACACCCAGGAGACAUAUCUGAAUAAACAUAUGCAAAAGCAUGCGGAGAGGACCGACAAGCGACCGCCCAUUGUGGUCACAAAUGCUGGCAACAAUCCGGCUGGGGGAACCACACCGGCUGCCGGUGCUGCGGCAGCAGCAGGCAUUGUUGCCGGGGUCCACAAUCAACAUAAUCGCAACAACUUGACCUUACCUCCGGUAACAAUAGCACCCACCGACAAUUCGUAUUGGCCCAAAGUUAGCCCUGACUCGGCAGCCAACUUGAAUGAUGUUAUGCAUCAACAGCAACAGCAGCAACAACAAUCGCAGCAACAUCACAACCAACAUCCCCAUCAGCAGCAGCAACAACAGCAUCACAGCGGCCAACAGGGCGGUUCGUCACAACAUCAUCCGCAACAGCAAACAAAUCCCCAACAACAGCAACCCUCCUCUCAGCAACAAGGUCACAUGGACUAUGGCAAUCACCAGCAGCAGCAACAACAACAGCAGGCCGGCAAUGCGGGACAAUCGAAUAAUCCUCACAACGAUCUGCAGGCUCAUCAUCGCAUGAAUGAUAAUGGUCGGGAGGACAUUGUCUCCACACCUUCCACCGUUGGACCCUACGAUGCGUCGAGCAUUACCAAAACCACCACCAACUCAGCAUUUACACCGAUCAACUCUAUGCCUCCGCACUUGAAUACCCUCUCGCAUCAUGCCAUGGCUCAGCGUCCGUAUCUCUACGAUGCGAUCAGUUUUCAGAAUAAAAACGUCAACCAAAACAAUGCCUCGAAUGCAUUUCCAAAUCAGCUGAUUUCGCUGCAUCAGAUACGCAACUAUGCCCAUCAGCCGGCUGGUCUGACAAUGGCCGGUGAACAUUUGUUGGGUGUUAGUGUGGGUCCCGGCAAGGAUAAGGGAUAGCUAUAUUUUUAA